GCAGGGCAAGGCAGGGCAGGGCGGGCUCCUUCCCCCGGGCUCCCUCCCAGCCCCAGAGAGAGUCCCUGCCGCUGCCCGGAUCAGCUCGCCGCGCGCUCUCGGCUGGCCGGUUCUGGCUCUGCGAUCCUUUUCGGGCCGGGUGGCGCGCGCCGGAACUCACUGGAUCCGGGAAAGGGGGGGGGGGGCGCACGGGGCUGGAGGACCCCAGGAUGUCGCUGCUGUCCUAAACCUGCCAAGGAAGGAAGAGAAGAAGCCGCCGCUUGGAAGAGAAAAAGAACAGCACAGAGAAGUUCGCCUCUUGGGAGCAGCCGCCCAACAUGUCUACCAAAAAGGAAGGGGUGCACAAGAAGUGGGUCAGCCUGAAGGAGAAGUUGGGGCCCCAGGACUCGGACCAGACGGAGGCCAACCUGGAAAACGCCGAGCCGGAGCUCUGCAUCCGCCUCUUGCAGAUCCCGUCGGUGGUGAACUAUUCCGGCCUCAAGAAGAGGCUGGAGAGCAGCGAUGACAACUGGAUGGUCCAGUUUCUGGAGCUCUGCGGACUGGAUCUUUUGCUGGAAGCCCUGGACCGGCUGUCUGGGAGGGGGGUCUCCAAGAUCUCCGACGCGCUGCUGCAGCUGACAUGCAUUAACUGCGUGCGGGCGGUCAUGAACUCCCGCCAAGGCAUCGAGUACAUCGUGAGCAACGAGGGCUACGUCAGGAAACUGUCCCAAGCACUGGACACCUCCAACGUCAUGGUCAAGAAGCAAGUGUUUGAACUCCUGGCGGCUCUCUGCAUUUACUCAGUGGAUGGCCACGCGCUGGCUUUAGAUGCUCUGGAUCAUUACAAGACGGUGAAAACUCAGCAGUACCGGUUCAGCGUGAUCAUGAACGAGCUCUUAGCGACCGACAACGUGCCCUACAUGAUAACGCUCCUAAGUGCUAUCAACGCAAUCAUCCUGGGAACUGAGGAACUACAGAUCAGGAUGCAGCUCCGGAACGAGUUCAUAGGUCUGCAGUUGUUGGAUAUUUUGACCAAGCUGCGAGACAUCGAGGACGAGGACUUGCUGAUCCAGUGUGAGACCUUUGAGGAGGCCAAGGCUGAAGAUGACGAGGAACUGUUAAGGAUUUGUGAUGGGAUUGACAUGAGCGAUCAUCACGCGGUUUUCUCCUCGCUGUUCAACAAAGUGAGCAGCUUCCCCAUCUCUGUCCAGCUGCUGUCCAUCCUCCAGAGCCUCUUGCAUCUAGAACCUUCCCUUCACUCCAGCACGCUCCUGUGGGAAUCCUUAGCGAUCCUGGUCAACAGAGCCAUCUUGCUUGCCAGUGAUGUCCAAGACAACAGCGUAGAAGAAGUCAUGGAGAGACUGUUGUCCAUAAAGAAGCACCCGAAGAAAUGCAGUUCGGACCCAAAAAAGCAGGCUUCUAGCAAGGUUCUACUCGAGAGCACACAGACCAGCCGGAGACUUGGAGCCGUUUUCCUCAAAGCGACCCAAAACUGUCCUCCGCGGAUAACCUCCACCUCCCCCUCUGCCGGGAAUGCCAUCACCCCUACCUCCCGCCUCUGCUUCGGCUCCACCCUGCCCUUGACCCAGCCCGCCCAUGUCACCAUGGACGCGGAAGGUCAUUCCAUGUGGGCUUCGGCAACCAGCAACAGCGAGGAAUCGGUUGAGCUGGACUAUUCGAGCAUCGAACAAUUGUUUUGCUUCCCACAAACCAAGCCCAAGGACAAAGCGGCAGCCCCGGUGAAGACAGAACCCAAAGAGAUCACAUUUCUGGACGCAAAGAAGAGCCUCAAUUUGAACAUCUUCCUGAAGCAAUUUAAGUGCAAAAAUGAGGAGGUGGUUGACAUGAUCCGGAAAGGGGACAGGACGAAGUUUGACGUGGAGGUUCUCAAGCAGCUGCUGAAACUGCUCCCGGAAAAGCAUGAAAUAGAAAACCUGAAAUCCUUCAAAGAAGAAAAGGAGAAAUUAGCGAAUGCCGAUCAGUUCUAUCUCCUCCUCCUCGGGGUUCCCAGCUACCAACUGCGGAUUGAGUGUAUGCUGAUGUGCGAGGAGACUGCAGUUGUACUGGAGAUGCUACAACCCAAAGCUGAAACCGUCAGCUUCCAGCCCAGAAGGUAUUUUAAGAUCUGUGUGUAUCUGCUCCAAAGUCACCGGUUGCCAGUUUUCUGCCAACUGAUCCUCAAAGUUGGAAACUUUUUGAACUAUGGAAGUCACACAGGAGACGCUGACGGCUUUAAAAUUGGCACCUUGCUCAAGUUAACCGAAACCAAAGCAAACCAAACCCGGAUUACUCUACUUCACCACAUUUUAGAGGAAGUAGAAAAAUCUCACACAGACUUGCUGCAGCUUCCCAAAGAUCUUGAAUGCGUUUCAAAAGCCGCUGGAAUCAACCUUGAUGCAAUACGGUCCGAAUCCAGUUCCAAUUUAAAGAAACUGCGGGAACUCGAGAGAAAGCUGUCGUCGUCGACAGAUGAAGUGAAAGCCCUGUAUGAAAAGGCCAUUCAGGAUAGUGUAAGCGCUAACCAGAAAUUGGAGGAGGAGUUUGAAACGAUUGAAAGAAUGAAGGUGGAGCUCGCCAGCUACCUCUGUGAGGACCCAAAUAAGUUGUCUUUGGAAGAUGUCUUUGGCACCAUGAAGACCUUCCGGGACCUCUUCAUCAAAUCGCUGAAGGAAAACAAGGACCGAAAAGAACAAGCCGUGAAAGCCGAGAAAAGGAAGAAGCAGCUGGCGGAGGAAGAGGCGAAGAGGCAGAAAGGCGAAAACGGGAAGAUCAUUAAGAAAGGAGUUGUGAAGCAAGAAGAAGUGUGCGUGAUCGACGCUUUGCUGGCUGAUAUCAGGAAUGGGUUCCAGCUGCGGAAAACAGCGCGGAACAAGGCAGAGUCAGACACUCCAGCCAAAACUUCGCCCGGCCAGAAAGGGAAAGAGAUUGGCAAAAGCAUUCUGCCCACAAAAGACUCCGCGAAACAAGAGGAUGGUGGCACCUCUCAAAAUAACACCAUGGGGCAUUUAGAAAAAAUGGCUCCUCCCGAAACCGCCUCUCCCAGAGAAGAGCACAAAAUCACCUCAGACCUCCUGGCUUCCCACGAAUCCUCUACUACUGUUGGAAAUGGAGGGUGUUCUCCAACUGAGGCCAGUACUGACAAGAACGCCUUCAAUGUCCCGGUGUUGGAGGGAAGCCCUGAACCUAAUUGUGGAACCAAGGAGCAAAACCGGAACAUUCUCUCUAGCUCCCAAGACCGUGUGGGUUGCAGUGACUUCGCGUUUUCUCAGCCAGGGUCUUUCGUAACGUUCUCCAGUACCGAUUCCAGCAGCUCGGCCUGCUUGGCAGAAAAAGCAGGUCCCGUUGGCUCAGGGGAACAAGUCACCAUUACUGAGCCGGUUGUCUCUCAAAAUGGCUUCAAUUCAAAGGACCAACCAAGGAGUCGUAUCGGAAGAGAAAAUGGCGAGGAGGAAAUGCUGGGAAACACAGAAGGUCUGACAGCUCCCGAGGUAACGCAGCUUCCAACCGUGUCACCAGUAGAGGCGCUGAAAGAGAACGAAGACCCUUCUGUAGAGUCCGUGCUGGACACGUCUCAGGAGAGAUCCUUCUCGGAAGAGCCAGUGACCGAUUCUUCGUGCUCGAUGACGGUUCCCUCUUCAGACAAGGAUGGCCAAAGAGGUUCCGCCAAGAGAAGGAAGAAGAAGAGGCACAGCAAAAGCCAUCCAGCCGUGGUUGACACUGAUUUAAAUGCAGCUGUUGAUUCUGGAGAUAAUAAAUCAAAGAGGAGUUGUGUGUUGCAGUGAGGUGGUGUUACCCGGCAGAAAAAUUAAACUCCAAAGAAGUGUUUUCGGUGGCAUCGCAACCCAGAGGUGUUCCAAAGGUGCACGUCGAAAGCAGGCAGAGCCCGGAUUUGGCCUUUGAAUAUUUAGCAGAUCGACGUCCAGGUGGAAGAAAUUGCAGAAGGGAGCGGGGAAGAGUCUUUGAUACGUGCCUUAAUCAAAAACUCUCUCCUCAAGGCCGUGCAGGUUCUGGGUCUUCUGCAUACUGGAAUGGUCACUUCUUGGUAGCCAUAUAUCAGCCUCCUCCUGAAGUCAAGGGAUGAGGCUCCAGGAAUGGGGCCUCCCACAUCAAAUGGUUCUAUACUAGAAAAAUAGUAGAAUCA